AUGGCUCCAAGAAAGAAUCUUAAACACGCACGGGAUGAAGACUCAGAUAUGGAUUACUCCAAGAGACUUCGUGGUGAUUUCAACUCGGAGCGUGAUGCCCAAGUGAAACUGUGGGCGCGUCAGCAAGGUGUUUGGGCAGCGCUUGUCCAAAUGCUGAAGGAUGUCAAGGAAGGGCAUGCAAAGACCGAGAUGGAGCGAUUGCAUGCGGACCAGCUUCUGUUGUCAACGGCAGGACAGGAGGAGUUCUCACCCGAGUUGCGGCAGAUUGGACUAGAGAUUAUAAGAGCAGUUCAACGAGACCCAGCCGUCUUGCGCAUCGAGUUGGGCAGGCUUUAUGAUGCGAUUUACCCUGCCAGAGUCGCGACUGCCCUCAGAGGAUCAACAAUGCAUCUCGUUUCAAGCAGAGCCCAGGAGGAGGCCACGCUCAAAGCAUGGUCCUCCGAAUACGAAGGAAAUGGAGUGGACCUCUUUCACAAACACGAUACCCAUUGUUGUGAGCUAUUCCGGGCCGAAUCGUCGCUUUUCGGCAACAGCUUUGUGGUUGUCAAUUCAUCUGGCAUGGGAAAGAGCCGUAUGGUCGACGAAUCGUCCAAGACACUGUUUACCGUGCUCUUUGUGCUCAGGGAUGUACGCGGUGGCUUUCCUCCUCCGGACAGCGAUGUGCUGGCAUACUUCCAGCGUACGAGGACCGCGGAUGAGUGUGAAAUCGCCAUUAUAUGCUUUCUUAAGACACUAUACGACGAAUUGACCAAGCUACUAAAGGAUCGACAAGAAGAAGUGGGGACGCAGAAACAUGCUGAAAUCGCAAACUGGUUUCGGGGGUACAUGGGAACCUGGACUCAUAUGUAUCAGCCCAACCCGGCACGGAUGCAAGCCAUACGUGCAACACACGUCUCUCCACCCCAAGGAGAUGGACAGCGAACUCAAUCACCUGAGUUGUCAACAAAAGACCGAUCGCGCAAAUCUGAGAUGCUAGAUUCAUUCAGCACACUCUCGACCCUUUUACAGCAUGACGCCAAGUCAUCUCUACCCAUUCUGUUGCUCGCAUUUGAUGAAGGGCAUAUGCUGUUACAGAAGGUUGCCGGACAAGAAGAUGAGGCUUCCAUCUACUCAGUAUUGCGCCGAGUAUUGUUUUAUCUGGACGAGAAGCCACAGAUGUCAUGCUUCAUCUCAACGUCUACCAGCAUCGUCGAACAGUCUGCGCCCCCGAUGCGGUUGAAUCCAUCAAGCCGCAUGCAGUCGGGGUUGUAUCGCAGCUUGCCAGCAUUCACCAGCAUUCCCUUGAACAUGGCACGGAUACCACCGGAUGAGAUGGAUUUGACCUUGGUGAGCAAGGACACCUUUAUGUGCAAGCAGUCGAGGAUAUUGUUUCGCACACGGGCCGAGCACGGUGUCGACAGUGAAGUGGGCCUCAAUCUGAAGUCAUUCGCCAUGGAGAAGCUGCUCGGCGCCUCUUACGGAUUACGUUACGAUGAUAGGCAAAAGCUGGCGAUUUUAGCACGACGGAUCCCGAUCCAUAUGCAAACGGACACAAGUGCAUCCCUCAGGACGAUAAAUGACCAGAUUGCUCGGCACAUGCGUGUGCUUUACCGAAUAACCGACAAUAACGAAACACUUAUCACUGGAUCUCCGAGUGAGCCAAUCAUCUCAGAGGGCGCCAAGGCUGCAAUGGCCACAUUCAAUGCAGCAGAUGCCCUCCGAAGGAUUUUUGUCUCACCCGGGAUCAGUGUAGACGACCGUGGUCAGGUGGUCGCCGCGCUCCUUAUGAUCCUCGCCAGCGAUGCUGCCACUAAAUAUGGCAAAUUUUCGAUACCAGCCUUCUUCAAGUGUCUGCUCAUUGAUGUCUCGUGGAUGACGCUCAAGAGUUCCCGAGCAUCGCAAGGGCGUGCAUUGAACACCGAAACUUUUCAAAGGACAUUCGAAAACUCAUUCGGGGAUUUCAAUCACAUCAUCUACGUUCACGGUCUCCUCCCGGGAUCGAAAUCAUUGUAUCGAUACCUUACGAGACGUGCCGCAAUUUCCACGCUAUUCGGCCAACCAGGUGUAGCCGGCGCUUUCCCCUACACAAUCGACGGGACGAAGAUCGCGCCAGAUAACACCAGUUUGGCAAUCAUUCAAAUCAACGCUGACGCCGGCAUGCAAACGCCCCCAAAAACUAUGUUCGACAACAUGGACAGCAUCGCGCGGGGCAUGAAUGAUUACGAUGCCAACAAAACAACACCCAAGCGCAACCACAAGGACAAGCACAAACCUGUUAUUCGCGUGGUCUUCUCAUUGCAAUCCAAGGAGACAGAUUUGGUGGUGAUGGAAUAUGAAGAUGCCGACGAUGAGCUACUAACAUGGGACAUCUAUGUGCCCUUCUUGGCACUUGGAGCUGUUCGGGAGAACGCGGGUAUGUGGCAGUCAGUGCUGGAAACGGGGUUGCAAGCAGGGAGCAUGUACGAUGGUGAUGCGACCCUGAUGGGGAUGGACCCCGUAGCCAAGGAAAGCGACGAGUUCUGGCCAAAUUGGGAGCCAAUCGAAGAGGUACCGGUAAUUAGUCAGCAAAGCGACUAGGAUUGGCCAAUGGAAGAGGCAUGCGCGAGGAGGAUCAAUAGGAGAGGAUGGGGAACAUGAAGGCAAA